CGUAUUAUCAGGUGACGCUGGAACGCGCAUGCAAAUGCAACUUUUUGUGUACUAGUUUCUUCACAAAUUAAUCGACAAUUCGAUUACUGAGUUGUGUGGAUUUAUUUAGAUAAUUUCACAUAAUUGCUGUGGCAUAUGUUACCUAAAUGUCGUGUACGAUUGGUUUUACUGAACAACAGUGAUGUGAUAGUGUAGAUUUUAUUUAACUGGCCCAUAUUGCAAUGUCGGGCAAAGACAAGUGGGUACGCCGGUUCUCGGUUGAUGAAACAGCAAAACACAAGAAUGGAUUUACUAUUUACAAGAUUACUUCUGUGUUGUUCCCGAUCCAGUCUCCGGAGGCUCUGACAGUGGUGUCGGUGUGGAAGCGAUACAGCGAUGUCCAGAGACUGCACAAGAGUAUGCGCUCCCUGCACGCGGGGCUACACCUGCGGGGCACGUUCCCUUCGCUGCCACGAUACAGCUUCUUCAAGAGAUUCCAGCAAGAGGUGAUCACGGAGCGAGCUAAGACUAUAAAGUCUCUGUUGGAGUUUGUGGCUGAGCACCGACUGCUCUUCACCAGCACUGACUUUGUCAACUUCCUACAGACCGGCUACCCUGAACCGCAGCCCCAAGCAGGCGGAGUGAUCAACGCGAUCAGAUCGUCCCUGCACCUGCCCAUAGAGGAGACUCCACCACUGGAGUACCAGACUGAUGAUGACGAUACUUCCACUCCUACACAUACUGCACGGGCAGCCACAGAGUCGUCGCACGCAUCCAUCACGAGUCGGGACGAACCAGACUUCAUCUCACAGAUACCCAUCUACGAGGCAGCCGACGUAGAGAUCCGACGCUCUCCCAAAAAGGUCUCACCAUCCAACAGCUUCGAAUCCAUCAACUCAAUAGAAAGCAUCGACAGCGACCUCUACGACGAACUAAACAAACUAACAGUGGAUAAAAAGCCCAGUGUCAAAACUAAAUCAGUGUUGCCAGACUUAAUAAUAUUCGAUGCACCGUCAACGUCUAAAUAUGAUGAUUUUGAUACAGUGUCUCUUAGUUCUAACGUUUGUUCCUCAACUUCGUGUGAUGUGGACUCCAGGCGGAGUAGUUCGCGAGUGUCGUUGUACAGUAAAAGUGUUGUGUCCUUGUCUAACGCGGAGUGUAAGACGAAGACGGAAGAUAGUUAUGUGUUUGAAGCCGGGUAUAUGUUGAAUUUGGCGGCGCGGUGUGAAGAUAUGGGUGACUACCAGCGCGCCUUCGAGUGUUACAAGUCUGGUAUUGAGAAGAUGCUCAUUGGUGUACAAACUGACACGGACCCGCAGCGGCGGGCGCUGAUCAAGGAGAAAACGAACAAGUACCUCUCGUACGCCGAGCAGAUCUACAAGAACCAUCUCUGUGAUACUGAACAAACUUUACUCCCGGAACGCGACGAGCCGCUCCGCCCGCUCCACUGCCCGAUCCCGCUGUCGAUGUUACGGCGGCCGUACGAGGAACUGGCGCUGUACCGGGUACUGGACAUCCUCGGCUCCAGCAUCAUGCUCGUUCUACAUAGAACUGAACAGGCCUACUAUGCUAUGAAGGUGAUCCAGAAAAUACCGAACAAUCUGACAGAAUUCGACGAAUUCUUCCUUCAACGGACGAACGAAACUCGACAGCCCGUUCUACCGACCGUCAUACCGUACAUGGUGCCUUUACAAGCGUACAUAGAAACAAACAACCUGAUAUUUCUCAUCCUCUCCUAUGCACCGGGCAAGAAACUAUUUGACUACAUAAAGAACUACUCAAAAUCUCUACCCACUACACCAGCCAGAGAAGUGAACUUAGAAAAUGUAUUCACGGAACCAAAGAACAAGAAUUUCGAGAAAAAUGACAAUAAUUGUGACAUUGAAGAGGCAGCGAAUAAUAACAAGGAGUUGUCUGUCAACGAAUUGGUGUUGAAUUCUCAGAAACUGCUGUCCAAUGUUGAUAAAGUGCUGUGUGAGUCGACAGCUGAGGUGGCGACCAGUGAUGGCGAUUGUAAGGUUGAUAACGCGAGUGAUACUACUCCUAGCUUUAAAAGGUCUCCGUGCGGCGGGCGCGAGCUGCCCGCGUCGGCGGUGUGUCGCUGGGCGGCCGAGAUACUCACCGCCAUACACUGUCUACACAACGCCGGCGUUAUAUGCAGAGACCUGAACCCCUCAAACAUCCUCCUGGGCGACCGCGGGCAGGUGAUCCUGACGUACUUCCAGUACUACCCGGGGCCGGACAUGCGGGUCUCAGUACUGCGGCCGGGCGCCGCGCCGCGCCCCCACGUCGCGCCCGAGCUCUACGCCAACACGCUCGACGAGACGCCCGACCUCGACCAUGUUUGUGACUACUGGAGCUUCGGGGCGGUGUUGUAUGAACUCGUUUGUGGAGUUCCGCUGUCCCACUACCACGGCAGUUUGUUCACGUCGCACACGAUACUGCAGCUGCCGGACGGACUACCUCUCGAAACACAGUCCAUACUCACACAGCUGCUAACAUACGAGCCAUCAGAGCGCCUGGGCGCGGGCAAAGAUGGCGUCGAAGAGAUCAAGCGGCACCCGUACUUCAAGCAUAUCGACUGGCAACACGUUUACGACAGCUGGGCCGCGCCCGACUGACGGACUGACGACUAAUGUGUCAGUGAGGUAGUAGUGUGUAGGCAACUCAAAUACUAAUAAUGCAUUAUAACGUCGAAUUGAGACUUUGAGACACUUCCAUUUUUUUUUUGAAAGUCGGUUAAAAACAUAAUAUUUUGAUGUAAGUGGUUGAUAAAGUACACUAAAGACGUGAUUUAAUCCAAAAUAAUUGGAUUUGUAGAUCGUUUUGGACAGGAAACUCCAUAAAAUAAAACUAUUUUAAUAUAAAAAAAUCCAUCUUAGCCCCGAGAUAAAUAAUUAUCUCUGGUAUAGCGGGUGUUAAUGGGCGGCGCUGAUCGCUUACCAUUAGAUGAUCCGUCUGUCAAAUAUCGAUCUUAAUCUAAAGAUUUUGGAUUGAGCGCGACAGUUUAUAGAUCAGUUACUUUAUUAAGUACACUCAAACUACAAUUAGUAGGUAUACUACAUAUGUGAUUCAUUUAUGUAAAUACCUAAAAUGUACACUACAUACACACUUUCCAGAAAAUUAAGCAUUAAUUUACUUAUGAGGCUAAAAUAAUUGUAAAUUUAUACAAAAGACAAAGAAAAAAAUGUUUUAUAGUCAGUUCAUUAUUAUGUCCACUAGCCAAGAAAAUACAUUGUAUAUAACAAAUACAUAUACAAGGGGGCUUACUCUUGAAUCCAAUUUCGAUCGAUCGACAUUGAUCUCGGCUCUCGGGUUCGAUUCCUGAGUCGGACAAAGCCCAGUAUACUGGACUUUUUUUUCGUCAUUUCGAAAAUUUCUCAGUAGUAGCACGGAGUCUGGAAUUGUGCCCAGUAAAUGGCAAUAGGCUCACACCCUAUUACAUGGGACUUACUACACAUUGUAUAGCGGCAAUACGUGCCGUAAUUUGCACCUCUGUCUACCCCUACGGGGAUAAAAGGCGUGACGUUACAUUACGUUGUAUUUUAUUGCAUUGACAUUGAGAUUGGUUUCAAGAGUAAGCGCCCAGAUCUCUACAGUACAAUAUUAAAAUAUUCACAUACCUACGUCAUACGGGCUGUUCUCAAUAUAAAGUUAAAUAAAACAUAAUAUAUGAUUGUUUAUAUGACAAAGUAUUUGUUUAGUAAACGUUCGCUAGUUAAUUUUAGAUAUAUUUUACGUUUUUAAGUUUUUAGUAUACUGACAGUGAUUUUGUAUUAAUGUAAUUUAUCGUUAUUGCUUAUUCUUAUUCUUAUUAUACGUUGUUUUAAAUUUAUUGCCUUAUUUUUCAUUGUUUAUUUUGUUUUUCGAAAAAAUAAAAAUAAACCCUUAUCACUUAGGGGUAUGAAAAAUAGAUAGUAGCCGAUUCUCAGAUCUACUGAAUACGCAUAUAAAAUUUGCUAAAAAUCGGUAAAGCCGUUUCGGAGUUUACGGUAACAAACAUUGUGACAUGGAAAUUUUAUACAUCAGAUAUUUUUGUUCGUAUUUUUGUCAAAAUUUAAAGGCAGAAGAAUAAUUUAAUUUUUAUAAUUUUAUUAAACUAACUCAAUGGGAUUGGAAUUGCCUAUUUGUCUACUCUGAGAAGAUACGUCAAUAAAAAUUACACUAUAAUUUAAAGUUAAGCUACAUAACGCCGACAAUUCUUGUCUGUCUAUCUGCUCUGAAAUAACUAAAGAAUUUGACUAAAAACACAUUUCAAUAUUGAAAUAUUUUAGCCCAUUUGAACAUGUACCAAUCGACGGGGACAAUGUGAUCCUUUUAAGAGAAUGAGUCUGACCAUGAAGGUAUGUUUAAAAAAGUAUAAUUUUAAGAUAGUAAUAUAUUGUACACAUUGCAUCAAGCUAUGUAAAACCAGUAUAACCUGACCGUCGAAUGUAUGGAAAGAUCAUACAAAGCGAGGCCAUGGUAAACUGGUUUUGUAUAGCUCGAUAAGUAGCCGUGUAUACCUACGUAUCUAUACAUUAGUUCUAUACAAGUUAGUGUGAUAUCAUAGUAUGUAAGUAUGUAUAUGUAGAAUUGUUAUAAUCACAUAGUGUAGCUUAUCUAAUCUGUAUUGACGGUUGAGUAAAGUAUUAUUGGGAUAUUUCAGUAAUUAUAAUGUUUUACGGCUUGCUUUCUAUCUCUCGACAAGUUUCGAGCCACAUUGGGGCCCAAAAUAGUGAACGUAAAUCGUAAAACAUGGUUUAGGUAAUUUGUAUGUCUCACGAUAACUUGCUAUUGUCAUAAAAGAAAAGAUAUCUUCAUGAAAAGGUCUUUUUAAAAGGCCGGCAAUGCACUACUGUGGCUCUUCUGGUGUUGCGGGUGUCCAUGGGCAGCGCUGAUCGCUUACCAUCAGGUAACCCGUCAGCUCGUUUGCCUCCUAUUCCAUAAAAAAUAUACACAAUGUACAUUAUACAUAUUGACCAUUUCGAAACUCCUUAUGUAUAUUUACUUAUACAUAUAGCAAUAUCCUGACAAUGUAAUUGUGAAACGUAAAAAUCUCUAUAUAUAAUUUCCUAUUUACUAUAAAAAGAUCGAAUAUUUAACCGUGUUUAUUUAUACUAUGAAGUAUUUCUUAUACAUAUUUAUAAAUAUAUAGUUGUGUGCAUCUAGUCUGUAUGUUUGUUAGUCAGUUACUUAACAAGUAUUAUAAUCUCUACUUAUUAUUCGUAUAUUUUUAUAUUUUAAAUAGAUUUUAGUACAAAUGUGUAACCUUACUUUAUUAUUUGUAAUGCCUAUAUUAGUUUCUGUAUGUGAGAGUAAGCCGGAGCCGAAUUAUGCCUAAGUGCUUAAGGGUGAUUUUCCACCAGAGAUGUACUAUGUAACUGUGCUACGAAGAUGUAAUAGCUCUAUGUGACACUUUCCACUGAUACUAAGUUAGCUGUAGCUGUGCGAGGAAGAUGCGCAGCUCGAGUAUGCGAUGUAGGUAUCUUACAUCUUUCCAUAUAAGGAGCAUAGCUUAGCUGAAUCCGAUUCCACUACUGCUAAACUAUGUGUACUAAUGAUUAUGAUUGGUCAUCAUCGUAGCAUAGUACAUCUGUGGUAGAAAAGCACCCUAAAGCGCCAAGUUACAGAUCACGGCUGAAAUCUAAAUGUAAGCCGGCAAUUAGUAACAUUACAUGCAACUUUAGUAUGAGUAUGUAUCGUACUAUGUACUAAUUGAAUGAAAUACUAGUGAAAAAGAAAUGGCACAUAAACUAUAAACAUUUUCUGCAUGCAAUAAACAUCUUGCCAUUGCCAUUAAACUAUCAUAAAAAUGAUAGAUUCUGCGCGAUCGUUUACAAAAAAGCAAUCUAAUAUCACUACAUAACAAUAGGGUAGAUGACUAAUUUUUAUUUUAAUGUCCGUCUUGUAGAUUAUUUUAAAAUAUUAGACACGUAUUUUUUAUUUUCUUACGGAAACAAAUACUUUCGAAGAUAUAUCCAUUUGAAAUAUCGCGUGACGUCACUUUAGAGUUCGUUUUGUACUCUAUAGUGACGUAGUUAGCUCCCACUCCUAAACUUUGAUUCAUUUUAUCUAAGUAUCGUUAUCUUAUAUGACAAAAUAAAAAAAUACGUGUCUAAUAUUUUUUCAUUACCUAACUGACGGACUAAUUACAUUUUUAAUUUUCAUACCCCGUCAUCAUCCCUAUUAGAAACACUAAUCUUCACUAAUAUCAUAAUUUAUUUGUUGUCAAAAUUGUUUGAUCUCAUUUUGGACUCGAGUAAGUAUUGAUUGGAACCAAAAUUGUGGCAUUUUAUAUGUAAUACAAUAUACAACAUAUUGUUAGAUUGUGUGUGUGUGAUAUUUAGUAUUUAGGUCUCUAUAAACAUAGUAUUUGUAUCACGGAAUAAAAUGAACAUGAAGUAGUAUAAA